GUCGCGGUGACGCGUUCACGUCUACUUCAAAACAGACGUAGCGUUCAAGGAACUAGUGAAAAAAACACGAUUAAAAUCAACAAAAUAAUGAUUUAGUGUUACACAAAUAUAGUGGAGCUACUAAAUAAUAAUUAAAAUGGUACAGUGUUUGAGGAUUUAUGCAACAGAGCCUUUGACGACAAACAACCAAAAAUGUGAUUGAAUGCCACAAGGGACACUUGAAAAGAACACGAAAAUUUAGAAGAAACGUUUUGUGAAGACUAAAUAUGAACAGAAUACAAUGAAACAGCCGAGCUGAAACAAGCGCUAUGAACUCAACUAGCGCUGCCUUGCCACAAUGGCCGACGAAGAGAAAAUCCCUCCGACCUUUCUUGAGAAACUCCUAUUCUACACAACAGCCUCCUUCGUUCUUCUUGCCACGUUCAGCCUAUUUGCCUUUCUAUUCUUAGUGCCAUUUGUGAUUGAACCAGCUUUCACUACGAUAUUCAUGCAAUUCGAUCCUAUAGGAGCUCUGUGUGUUACCACCCAAGUUAAGCAUUUGGUCGGAGCGAGCAAUUGCACGUGGGCGUCCUGCAGGGAGGGCUGCACUAAAGAUCUAUUUGAAUGCACACAAAUUAGGGUCAGCUAUAAACUGGGUAAUUCGUCUAAUGUUACUGAAGAGGAAGUUGAAAAUCUUAUCAGAGUAGAGAGAGCUCUCAGGAAUGAUUACGACUAUGAGAACGAGGUAGCUGCUGAUAAGUCUUAUCCAGAUAUGGGCGAGAGGGAUGACUUGCCCGAACCGUACCCAACCGGGUUACAAGGGAACGACUCGGAAUGGUAUUUUACCGGGGCCCGUUUGUUUCCUAACGUGAAAGGUUGCGGUUAUCCUCCUAUAUUGAACUGCACAAUAUUCUACGGAAAAUAUAGGCCUAUUGGCACCAACUUUACUUGCUACUAUAGCCGGGUGGAUCCGGGCUUGGUUAUCACCGAACUGGACAUGUGGCAGAACACUAUGAACUUGGUGUACGCGAUGGCCAUACCGAUACCGUCAUUCUUUAUCUCCGUCAUAUAUUUGACGUUCGCUUACUUCAAAAUUUAUAAUACUGAAGAUGAAUCCGAGCAGGCACCUCUGAAGAGUGACGCUGAGGCUAUGGCCACCGGUGACGAUGAGAAACCAACGACCCCAGGGUCUGAUACGUUUAGAGAAGACCUUGCGUGUUUCGGUCACCAAUUAAAGAUGCAACUAGCCAAUGAUAAGCCUAAAGACGGCUUCGAGUCCAAUAGUCCACCCAUUUCCAAUUCUGCCUCACUGUCUGGGACCAAGUCGUCAUUCGUGAACGCCUAAUGUGUGACUAUUGAACAGUUUACAAGUAGAGAUGACAGGACUCUUGAACGGGCGGAUAUGGCUACAGGAUUCAUCACGAGAAUUGGUGAACUGAUUAAACAUUCGUGAAGAUUAUUGUGGGUUACAUCGUGAUCCUGAUUGUGGGCUGUCGUUCCAAUCUCUCUGCCUCUUUAAGAGCGAGAGAACAUUUCACGAACGCGUUAGGCGAUCCGGCCUGUGAUUAUAUAAAGGGCGAAAGAAUUUUAUAUACCUGUGCGUUGUGAGAAAAUCGAUAAUGUUUCGUGGCAAUGUUUUUAGUUGAUACUUAUUCGAUACAAACUUAAUUAUAGUACUUUCACGUUAUUACGAUACGGUCCUUAAUUAACAUUGUCAUUAUUUUGGUCUCGUUUAAAACAAAAAAACGUAAUGGAUACGGUAAUUGAAAACAGUAUUAUCUAACACAGUCAUUAAUCUAACACAGUGAUUGGUAUGGUGGCGGUUACUCAGUUAACAUUAUAUCAUUGUUUAUUGUAUUAGUUCUUUUAUUAAUUUUAAUUUUGAUAUUGAUUGAAUGAAUGAAAAUUAUAAUUUGCGUAAUCACUGGUGGUAGGACC